GCAUUUUUGACAAUCCCUAUACAGCAGACCAACUCAGGGUAUUCCUGAUCAAACAACAACAUCAUGAGUGUGACUGAAACUGGAAGCGAGCAACAAGAUACCAGAGGUCGUAAGCGCAAUGUUGAAACCGCAGAAAUCGAGAUCGAUGUAGACGCACCAGAGCCACCAUCUAAGAAGUCUCUCCGCAAAGCCAAGCGGGCAAAGUCGACGGCGGCAGAUGACUCCAAAGCAACUGAACGUGUCUUGGAGACAUCUUCAGCGCAACCAAAGGCAUCUCAGGAGAAUCAAAAUAGGUCUCCGUAUGGGAUAUGGAUUGGAAAUCUGUCAUUCACCACAACUCGAGACGACCUCGUCAAGUUUUUGACCGAACAAUCACAGGGUUCUAUUUCGGAAGAGCACAUCACGAGGGUCAAUUUGCCUCAAAACCCGCCGAAGCAUGGGAAGGCCAUGAACAAAGGCUUUAGCUACGUGGAUUUCUCGACAGAAGAGUCACUCAAUGCGGCGCUACAGCUGAGCGAAGGUCUUUUAGGCGGACGGCGAGUACUGAUCAAGAAUGCAAAAAGCUUCGAGGGAAGACCGGAGCAGAAAAAGGGCCAAGAGGAAACACAGACUAAGGCUCCAAGCAAGCGCAUAUUCGUCGGUAACCUCGAAUUCGACACCACAGCCGAGGAUUUAGAAGCGCAUUUUGGAGUAUGUGGCCCCAUUAUACAUACCCAUAUGGCUACGUUCGAGGACAGUGGGAAAUGCAAGGGCUAUGCUUGGGUGGAAUUCGAGCAGUUGACCUCUGCUCAGGCUGCGAUGCGAGGCUGGGUGGAAGCAAACGGUCCUCACGACAGACGCUCCUCCGAAUCGAGGUCGGCGAAACACAGGAUAUGGCUCGGCAAGAUCAAUGGCAGGAAGUUGAGGAUGGAGUAUGCUGAAGACAAAGCGACUCGCUAUCAGAAGAGGUUCGGCAAGAAUGCAAAGUCUCUUCAAUCUGCCGCCGUCGAAGACGAAUCGUUCGACGACCCGAUCCAAGAAGUCAAUGACAAUUCCGAGCCGGUGCAUAAAAAGCGUGAGGUCAAGAAGGCAAGCAGGAAGAAGGAGCCACAUGGCAAAUAUACCGAGGACACAGUGCAAAGGUUGACCGGAGCCAUUGUUGAGAGCAAAGGUCAACGAGUAGUGUUUGAUUGAAGUCGAAAGCAUCUCAAGUCUCAUUUUGUCACAUUAAUACCCUGCGUCGGCAGCAUACUCGUAGAUGCAUGGAGAAAGGUAAUGGUCUAUGAAGCACGAGAUAUGAAUAGUGG